AUGGCGUCGUACAGGGUUCCUUCUUUUCCCCUUAAUGCCAGCCACUGUACCGCCAACAGCACUUAUGGAGCCACUGGAUCCGCUAAAGGUCUUCUGCCGGCCAAGGCCAUCGCGUCCACCGUGACGAUGAUCGGUCGCGACAUGAUCGCCGCGACGAAGAGCUACGUGGAGACGGAGGUCCCCGGCGCGGAGGUGGUGUACGGCGACAGUGUCACCGGGGCGACGCCCACGACCGUACGCGUCGCUGGGCUCGUCUACGUCGAGAGCUUCGAGCGGCUCGCCGACCGCUGGGGCGGAGGGAAGUGGCUGGCUUGCCUGGACGAGGGGCGCACGGGCAAAGAGAGCUGCGAGCUUCCCGGAGUGGACGUGUGGACGGAGGAGGGUUGGACGCCCGUCCGACGCGUCAUCCGCCACCGCCUCGCGCCCGAGAAGCGCAUCCUGCGCGUACUCACGCACGCCGGCAUGGUCGACGCGACGGACGACCACAGCCUGCUCGACGCCCACGGCCGGGCCGUCUUCGCGCGGGACGUGGCUCCGGGGGAGUUGCUCCACGCUCAGUACCCCGCUCUCGGAGAUGCCGAGCCGAGCCUCACCCCCGAUGAGGCGCGCGCGAUGGGCGUGUCCAGCGGCGAGAUCGUGCCUGCCGCCAUCUUGAAUGCGUCCAUCGAGGUACGGCGGGCGUUCUGGCACGGCCUGUCUGAGGCCGACGGGGACGUCGUCCACAUCGACCGAAAGAACCAGGUCUCCAUCGCGUCCUACGCCCUGCUGGCGUCGAGCCUGGGGUAUAGCACGAGCUUCGACACGCGCGCGGACGAGCCGGAUGUGUUCCGUCUGACGCUGACCGAGAGGGCGCAGCGCAUGAAUGCGAAUGCGGUGAAGCGCGUCGUGGAGGUCGAGUACGAGGGCUGGGUGUACGACCUGACCACGGAGAACCACCACUUCGCCGCCGGAGCCGGCCGGUUGGUGGUUCACAACACCGAUAGCGUGAUGGUGAGGGUUCCGCCCGCCCUGCUGCCGGGCGACGCGGUCGAAGCCGUGCAGAAGGUGAAGGCGGCCAUGGCGGUGGGGCGCAGGAUGGCGGCCGGGGCGACGGCACGUCUCUUCAAGACGCCAAUCUCUCUGGAGUACGAGAAGGUGUACUCGCCGUUCAUCCUGGUGUCCAAGAAGCGCUACGGCGGCCUCAAGUACGAGGAGGAGGGACGCGAGCCUGGGGUGGACACGAAGGGCCUGGACCUCGUGCGCAGGGACAGGAUCCCGCUGGCGCGCGAGCUGCAGGGCAGGAUCCUGGAUCUGAUCCUUCACCAGAGGGACGUGCACGCGGCGGUGGCAGCAUGCCGCGAGACGGCGGAGAACCUGCUGGCCGGAAGGAUCCGCGCGGACCGGCUCGUGCUCAGCAAGCAGCUGAAGAAGGAGUACAGGUCGGUCCAGCCGCACGUGGUGGUGACGGAGAAGAUCAGGGAGCGCCAUCCCGGUUCCGAGCCUCGGGCCGGGGACCGGGUCCCGUUCGUGUACCUCGACGUCGGCAACCCGAAGGCGAAGACGACGGACAUGGCGGAGGACCCGGCUUACGCGGAGGAGAGAGGGUUGGCGCUGAACUACGAGUAUUACCUGACGAACUGUCUCGUCAGACCGUUGGCGACGAUCUUGGACCUGUUCGUCGCGCACGGGAAGGCCGAGGACAUCCUCUUCGGCGACAUCAGGAAGUACAAGAUGAAGAGGGCGGGCGACCGUCCGCUGGAGGCCUUCUUCCGCCCCAUAGAGCCCCGCACGGUGCCGAAGAGGAAGUGGAAAGACAUGUAG